CAGAGCAGCAGGCGGAGCUGCGUGUGUAGCUGGGAACCUGUCGCAUCAGUGCUGCACGGGGCAGAAUUGAAUUUAGAGGAUGAAGUCCAGCCUAAUGCACUUGGUUCCCCCAGUAAGCAGGGACAGAGUAAUUUCCCACUUCCCUAAGUGGUAUACACCUGAGGCCUGCCUCCAGUUCAAAGAUCAUUUUCAAGCACAGGUCAGAAGUGCUUGUCACCAGCGGAACACGGGGACAGUUGGGCUGAAAAUAUCCAAAGUUGUUGUGGUUGGAGACCUAUUUGUUGGGAAAACCAGCCUCAUUAAUAGGUUUUGUAAGGAUAUUUUUGACCGAGACUACAAGGCAACAAUUGGUGUGGAUUUUGAAAUCGAGAGGUUUGAAAUAGCUGGUGUGCCAUAUAAUCUCCAGAUAUGGGACACAGCAGGUCAGGAAAAGUUCAAGUGCAUUGCAUCUGCUUACUACCGAGGAGCAGAGGUUAUUGUAACAGUGUUUGAUCUGGCUGAUAUCCAGACCUUGGAUCACACCAAACAGUGGUUAGAGGAUGCAUUGAGGGAGAAUGAGCCAGGGUCCAGCUUUAUCUUUCUGGUUGGAACAAAGAAAGAUUUAGUGUCAGGUGCUGCAUGUGAGCGGACAGAACGAGAUGCCAUCCGUUUUGCCAGUGAGAUGCAGGCUGAAUACUGGUCGGUGUCAGCAAAAACAGGAGAAAAUGUAAAGGAGUUUUUUUCCCGGGUUGCUGCCUUGGCUUUUGAACGAUCCAUGCUGAAGGAGCUGGAGAAGAGUAAUGGUCGCAUGGCCCAGAUUGGGGCUGGGAACCUGAUCAAACUGGAAGGAAACUCACUGGAUGCUCCAGAAAGCAACUCUCAAGCAAGCCUGAGCUGCUGCUAGCUGCCAAACAUUUCUGCAAACAUUAUUUCUCCAUCUGCAUAUUUCACCUUUAUUCCUCUUUAUCUGUACACAAAGAAGCGAGUUCUUUAUGCUCCUGCCAAAACCCUGGAUUCCUUCGGUUCCUUGCCAC